AUGGAGGGCACAAGCAGUGGCUGGGCAGAGGAGCUCACCCCCCCAUGUGUGCAGCAUGAUGACAGUGGGAACGACAGCAGUCCUGUGUUUGAGGUGGCUCUGCAGAACGCCUCCUCCCAGCGCAGCCCUCAGUUUGUGGGUGUUGAGUUGCUGCAGUCCUUCAAGCUGCUCAUUAUCCCCUGCUACACUCUCGUGGCCCUGGUGGGUGUCUUUGGCAAUUAUCUGCUCCUCUACGUCAUCUGCCGCACCCGCAAGAUGCACAACGUCACCAACUUCUUCAUCGGUAAUCUGGCUUUCUCCGACAUGCUGAUGUGUGCCACGUGCGUCCCCUUCACUCUGGCCUACGCCUUCAACCCUCAUGGCUGGGUCUUUGGACGCUUCAUGUGCUACUUGGUGUACCUCAUCCAGCCGGUGACGGUUUAUGUGUCCGUCUUCACUCUCACUGCCAUCGGUGUGGACAGAUAUUACGCCACAGUGCACCCACUGAAGAAACGCAUCUCCGUCUUGGCGUGCACGUACCUUCUGUCUGGGAUCUGGCUCCUGUCCUGUGCUCUGGUGGCUCCGGCUGUGGCUCACACCUACCAUGUGGAGUUCAAAAAUGAAGGCUUCACCAUCUGUGAGGAGUUCUGGAUGGGUCAGGAGAGAGAGCGGCUGGCUUAUGCCUAUAGCACCCUCCUGAUCACCUACGUUCUGCCUCUUUCAGCGCUCUGCAUCUCUUACCUGUGCAUCUCGGUCAAACUGCGGAACUGUGUCGUACCUGGCCACCACACUGAGAGCCAGGCGGAGGCUCAGCGCAUGCGCAAACGCAAGACAUUUCGGCUCGUGAGCUUGGUGGUGGCAGCUUUCGGCAUUUGCUGGAUGCCCAUCAGCGUGUUCAACGUUCUGCGUGACAUUGACAUCGAUCUGAUUGACAAGCACUACUUUCUGCUCAUCCAGCUGCUCUGUCACCUGUGUGCAAUGAGCUCAUCUUGCUGUAACCCUUUCCUCUACGCCUGGCUGCAUGACCGUUUUCGUGCUGAGCUUCGUAAAAUGUUCACGUGUCACCGUCGCAUCGGUAUCUCAGCCAACAACUGCGCUACGGCCAGCGUGGUUUUGUAA